AUGAGUCGUACCUUAUCUAGUUAUCCUGAUUUGGGGCAGGAUAGAGCCUUGGAGAGAUUCCAGAAAUUCUCUCCACCUAAAUUCUUAGGAGGACCAGACCCGUAUGAGGCUGAGAAGUGGCUUGAGGCCAUGAUAAAUAUUUUUACUGCCCUGAACUAUACGGAGGAGAGACAGGUUCAAUUUGCUGUAUUUCAGUUCGAGGGACCAGCUAGGGCCUGGUGGAACGUAGUAAGGGCCAAAUGGGAGAGAGAAGGAACUGUAUGGACUUGGCUAAACUUUGUGCGGGAUUUUAACGAGAAAUAUCUUCCUCCUAUUGUCCAAGAGAAACGAGAGGACGAUUUCAUUAAACUUCGUCAAGGAAUGAUGAGUGUAACUGAGUAUGAGACUCAGUUUACCAAAUUGUCUAAAUUCGCUCCCGAGCUGAUUGCUACGGAGCCAAGGAAAGUACGGAGGUUUAUACAAGGGCUAAAUGUGGAAUUACAGGAAGCCUUAGCGGCAGCUCAGAUCAAUACGUUUACGGAGGUCUUGGAAAAGGCCCAAAGGAUAGAAACUGCUAGGGCCCACAUGAAGAAUUUCCACGCCAAACGAAAAUGA